AUGAACAAGGCCAAUCCAUCAGAUGGGGGUGGCAGUCCUCUGUCCCCACGCUCCCCUCGACACCCCCCACAAAAAGCACCUUACCAACAGUCCUCUGGCUGCGAGGCAAACAGUGGUGGCUACAGCCCAUCUCCAUCGCUUUUCCAUGAGGACCACCGGCGUGAACUGGAGACCCUGAGGGCCAAGCUAGAAGCAGAGCGCCUGAACUCUCGAGAGGCCCGGCGCCAUUUUGCCGACGAGGCCCGGGAGCUGCGCCAAGCAGCCGAACAAGACCGGCAGAUGUUGGCUGACCAGCUCCGCUCCAAAUGGGAGCAGCAGCGGGCCCGUGAGCUCCACCAGUUGAAGGAAGAGAACUCAAGGCAGCGUGAGGCCGAGAUUCGGCAGCUGAUGCGCUGGAAAGAGGCAGAGCUGCGGGAGGCCCAGGAACUCCUGCAGCAGGAACGCGAUGCUGCCAUGCGGCAGGCACGGGACCUGCAGCGCCAGCUAGCCAAGGAGUUGGUUAGCCGUGGCAGCAGCAGCCGUGGAGAAGGAGGAGGUUCAAGUGGGGUUCUGAGCUCCGAGACCCACGCCAAACUUCAAGAAGUCCUCGGCAAGCUCCGGUGGGAGGUCGAUGGGGAUCAAGCUGCUAAGAUCCGCCACCUGAAGGCCGAGCUGGAGCUGGAGCGGAGCCUCUUCCUCAGGUAUAUUCUGGAGCGCUUUGAAGGGGAGCCUUUGUCUGCUGGCUCCCCACAGAGAUUCAGGCAAGCCUCCUCACCCCAACAGCUGGCUGGGGCCAGACCCCAGUCUUUGGAGAGUAUCAUUGCCGCUUGCAUCCCAGAUGUUGCUGCAGUAUCCAAGUCCUGCUCCCUGGUUCACAGCCAGAGCCAAUGUGAGUCUCCUUGCCACAACCCACCACCAGCAGAAGGGAGCCCCGCUGAAAGCAGCUGUCCAGAGCAGCCCCCCAAGAUUGCACUGAAUAAAGAAUUGGACGUUGAGGAGCGGGCCAAGCAAAAGACCUCUGUGGAUUUGCCCCCAGAAGGCAAGGCGAACAGUUGGAGGCCCGCUGGAGCACGUGCUGAAGACGUCCUGCCACAACCAAACUGGUUGUCCGGCAAUAGUUACGUCCAGCUAAUGAAGCAGAACACGGACCUGUUGAAUGCCCGGAUGGAUCUAGAGCAAAGAUGCACUCAUCUGAGCGAGCAGAAUGUGCGGCUGAGGAAGAAGAUCUUCCCAGACAAAGUGAAAUGGCUGAAGAGGAAAACGGCUGAGCUGGCGGCCAUCGCCAAGCGCCUGGAGGAAUGCGCCAAGAAGUUCCAAGAGCUCGCUUUGCUGAAGCAGUACGAAGACCCUAAACCCGAGGCAGAGGAAGAACGCAAAAGGUGCGACGACAUUGAACUGAAACUGAACAAAGUCUUGAGUGAAAUUGCCAGGAUCUCUGAGGAAAACUCUCAGCUCCACGAGAACAACAAAUGGGCCGAAAAGAUUGCCAAUGAAAAUGCUGAUCUGAAGGCGAAACUAGUGCAGGCAACUGAUGAGAGAAAUGCUGCCGUUCGGCUGUCCGACGGACUGGAAGUCAAAAUGGAGAAUCUAGAGCAAGCAAUUAAAAACAUGAGAGAGUCACAAAUAAAGAAGUGUGGGAUUCUGGAAUCGGAAUUGCCUCAAGCAACGUUCAUUUCCACCAAAAGGAGCUGCCCAGAAAAAUGGGAACAAGAUACCUACCAUUGCCGUGACAGCACCAAUUAUGAAGACUGCAUAUCCACGGCUUCCGCUGAUGUGACCAAAAGUCCUUUGAAACUUCGUGUUUUUUUAGCACGAUACAGUUAUGAUCCUUUCGACGGCCCUAAUAAGAAUCCCGAGGCAGAACUUCCGCUAACAGCGGGAGAAUAUGUGUAUGUGUGUGGAGAGAUGGAUGAAGAUGGCUUCUACAUGGGAGAGUUGACAGACGGCAGAAGAGGGCUGGUACCCUCAAAUGCAGUAGAGGAAGUUGCAGGAAAUGACCUAAUUAGCUUUAUUCCUUUGGAGCCAAGCGAUGUUUCCCGCAACCCACUCCACGAAACAGCUUUCCCGUGCCAAAGUGCCAGUAGCGAGGAAAAAAGCAACAGCCCAGAUGAAGACACGUGUGUUAGUCUUCUGUCUAACAACCCAGAAGUACCAUUAUGUGAAGUCCAAGAAGCAGUGCCUUGUCCCCAAAAUCUGACUCUUAUCAAACAGUCUGCAAGAUCCAUCGUGAUAGGCUGGGAUCCACCCCAGAUGCCAGAUAGCUGGGGAGAAAUACUGAGCUACAACAUCUAUGUCGAUACAGAGUUACGUCAAAAUGUGAAGAACGGGUGUGAGAGGAAAACAGUCAUUGAGAACUUGGAUUUAAAGCUGCGAACUUAUCGAAUCUCCGUUCAAAGUCUGACGAACAAAGGACGUUCUGAUAUAAUGCGCUGUACUUUCCUUGUAGGUAAUCCUUCCCGGAUUGCACUGACUUUCCUGAAUCUUCGGAACAUUACUGCCACAUCAGCAGAAAUCACUUGGUUACCAAGCAACAGUAACUAUACUCAUGCAGUGUAUCUUAAUGAGAAGGAAUAUGAUGUGACGAAAGCCGGCAUCUACGGCUGUACUCUCCAAAACCUCAGACCCAACACUCAGUACAGUGUCAGAGUGGAACCUCUUGUGCCUAAUGAAGUGUUGGUGUAUCCUCAGGGAGAGCUGGAGCAGAAAUCCAUAGAAGUUACAUUUACGACUCCAUCAGCGGGACCACCUGAUGCUCCCCUUGAUGUCCAAGUCCAAGCUGGUUCUUCUGCGGACCUUCUCGUUAUUAGCUGGAUACCAGUAACAAUUAAUGCAUCAGGGUCGUCGAAUGGAGUAAAAGUCACAGGCUACGCUGUUUAUAUCAAUGGGCAGAAAGCAACCGAAAUAAUGUCACCUACAGCUGGAAGUGUAUCGUUAGAAGCUUCCCGAAUAAAGAUGCUCCAAGGUCCUCAGACAGUUUCAGUAAGGACUGUUUCUCCAUUCGGAGAGUCCGAGGAUUCCGUGCCAGCUUUAAUUCCAUCAACUCUGCAAAAAGUUCCUUGCACUUUACUCUCAAAGUUUGGUGCCUCUGGGUUGGCUUUCAAAGAAUUCUUAGAAACUGAAGGCAGGCCAGUCUCUGUAACUACCUGUACAACUUCAUCCUGCUACUCUCCCGUGUGUGUGUCCAAUUCCAUCCCAACAGCGGUAGAGGCGUUCACCGAGGACACCAGCAAGAAAAUAUCAGAAGCACGCGUGACUAAAAAUAUGGUAAUGAUCAGCAAACCGGACAGCAGAAAGGGAUGUGUGAUGAUGACUGCCGAAGAUUCGGCUUAUCAAAGCUCUCUUGAGAACCGUGAUGCAAGUCGCUUGAGUCUUGAACCCAGAUUUUCUUCUCUGGAGUUUGGACAGAGGAAGCACAAAGAGGAAGGCAUCGUCUGUCUUCAGGAGGCACCAGAGAUAUCCCCCGAGAAGCAGCCUGAGCAGUCAUCUUCAGAACACUCUAAAUUAACGGUGUCUAAAGCUGAAGCACAGGAAGACAAUACAUUAAGAACAGGAAGCUGGUGGAGCUCUCUUGGUGACUACGGCCACAAUUCUUAUCUUUCGGAUAUAGAGGAAGAGGAGGACCAAGAGAAUAAAUCGAGCGUUUCUGGCAAACAUGUCGGUAAACUACAGGAGAAACCAGAACCUCCCGCGCAAUUGGCAAAAGACACAAUUAUGGCUUUGAGAGCAGAUCAAACAGUGACAAAUUCCAGUCCCCGAAGGAACGUUGCCGCCGGAGACUCAGUCGGUGACAAUAGAGCAAGGUUAUUUGUAGCCCUUUUUGACUACGACCCCACUACUAUGUCACCUAAUUCGGAUGCAGACGAAGAAGAGCUAGCUUUUAAAAAAGGACAGGUUCUAAAAGUGAUCGGAGACAAAGACGCUGACGGUUUUUACAGAGGUGAAUGUGAUGGAAAGAAAGGGUUUGUUCCCUGCAAUAUGGUCUCUGAAAUGCGUAUUGACAGUGUAGAAGUGAGAAAUCAGCUGUUGAAGAAAGCUUAUGAAGAAUGAAAACUCAUGAAGAGGUGAUAUUUGCUGGAGUCUGGGCUGUUGCUGCUGCUGUUCCUGUUUAAGAUGGAAGUCAUAUCACAAGACUGGUUUGGAAACAUUUUGGGUAGAUGUUCCUAUUAUUUGGCCCCCAAAAUAUUUAUUACAGCCCAU